GGUACUUAUUUACCAAAUUCACCAGCCCCUUUAUUCACCAAGAGUCAGGCCUGACUCGGUUGACAACAAACUCACAUCGAACUCACAAGUAGCACCUUCACCAAGGUGAAUGAAUUUUGAGUAAACAUACCAUUAUUUGAAUGUGACCUUGAAUUCACUUUCACCUUGCCCUCAAGUAUAAAAAGCCCAGAGGGUUACUCGCAACAAUAACAACAAAACUGCAGUCAUGGCAUCGCCCUUGCCGUCAGCAGGCCCAAGUCUGAACACCUCGGCCAACACAACCAAUGAAGAUAUUACCGAGAUCCUCCUGAACAAGCUGAGAGGCAAGAAGGUCGUGAUCCCCAGCCUGUUCUCCAUCUUCGUUGGCUGGCCGCACGAGGUCAACGCCAGUUACCCGAGGCUGAAGGUUGCGGUGGAAAACAAGCUGUCAAAGUUGCUUCCCAGUGAGAACCUCAGGAACAAGGUCCGAGAUGCCGACCCGGCCAUGGUCGUCUCAAUGUUCUGGCCCCACGUGGACUACUCCCAGCUCCGAAUCCUCUGCUACAUGGUGAUUUGGCAGGGCAUCUUCGACGACCUGGUCGAGCUGUACAACCGCCGCGACCCGCAGCAGUCCGUGAUGCUCCGCCGCGACAUGAAGAUGUUUAUCAACAAGUCGCUCGGCAUCGGCGCCUACCCUAACCUACCCGAGACCUUUUGUGAGCUGUCCUUCGCCAAGAACUUCCUCGUCGUCGCCGAUGCCGUCUGGUCGACGUAUAACGAGGAGCAACGCCGCCGCCUUCGUGACUGUAUGCACCAGUACAUCGAUGCCACGGCCGAGGAGAAGGUCAUGAUCGAGGCGGGGCGCACUCCGCAGUGGCUCGAGUACUGGGAGCUGCGAGCCCGCGUCGGCGGUGUUGGGCCCCUGAUCGGCAUGCUCGAAUUUGCCGCUGGAGGAUACCUCCCAGCACACUUCAUCGAGUCAACGGAGUACAAGACGGCAUGCAAAUCGCUAGACAUCAUUGUCAGCAUGACCAACGACUUGGUGUCCGUCAAGAAGGAGAUCAAAGCAGGGUUCGUCUUCAGCGCUCUCCCGAUCCUGUACAGCGGCCUCGCCAACGGACGCAUGGACAUGGCGGUCGACCACGUCACGUUCCGUAUCAAAGAGGCGGCCGCGUCGCUCGGGCAGGCUCUGGAUACCUUGUCGGUUCGCUUCAGCUCCAGGAACGUGGGCCCCGAGACGUCGAACAUUGCCAAACGGGUGAUUCUGAGCUUCCGACAUAUCGCGACCGGCAGCCUCUUCUGGUCGUUGCAAUGCAAGCGUUACGGCAUGGCCGAGCAUUUGAUGGAGGACGACUCGUUGGAGUUCACGCUGGAGUAGGCAGAAGAAGAAACAGGGGGAUGGGUACCGCAAGCAGAGAUUCACUCAGUUUAGGCAUGGGCCUCGAAAGGUUGCUGCAAGUGUGUAGUCCAAGUUGCUACCUACCCACCUAGUUAGUGAUUAGCACACCGGAAUGAAUGACUCCCCCACAUCAUUUCUCACUCCCGGCAGCAUCAUUUCCCGUUGCUUCCCCCAAAACACCGGCCUCGUCACGAUCACCUGUAUCACCGCCGGCCGCCUUCUCCCUCUGUGCCUUCCUCUCCAACCUCAGCACCUGCUUGGC